AUGGCAGGUAUCAAUCGCUACAAUAAGGUCCUUGAUGCACUCCUUUGCAAAGGGAUACAACCAUUUGUUACAUUGACUCACUAUGAAAUCCCUCAAGAACUUGAAGAAAGAAAUGGAGCAUGGCUAAGCCCAAAAAUACAGAAAGAUUUUGAAUAUUAUGCAGACAUGUGCUUCAAAUAUUUUGGGAAACGAGUUAAAUACUGGAUGAACUUCAAUGAGCCUAAUGUAAUGGCUGUUCGAGGAUGCAGAUCAGGAAUAUAUCCUCCUUCUCGCUGCAUUGGUUCAUUUGGUAACUGCAGCAAAGGCCAUUCUGAGAAAGAACCUUUAAUUGCUGCACAUAAUAUGAUCUUGUCCCAUUCAGUUACUGUCGACAUUUACGGAUUUACCGGACUAAAUACCAGGUUCUUGGACCAUAUAAUAACUGGAAAGUAUCCUCAAGAAAUCCAUCAGAUUCUGGGAUCUUUAUUGCCUGUAUUUUCUAGAAAAUAUCUCAAGAAAUUGAGAAAUGGAUUGGAUUUCAUAGGUAUUAAUCAUUGUACAAGUUUCUACAGCAAAGACUGA